GAGUGUCGCCUCGGAAGCCGCAUCAGCUGCAUCGUCGUUUGUCAACUGUAGAAAUGUGCCACGCACGCCGUUUAGCAACGUGCUGCCGCAAAACACGACGUCCUGGGUCAUCCAGUUGACAGAUAAAUCACGGAAAUCUCCCGGAAGCACUCUUCGCAACAGACCGACACUGUCAAUAUGGCUUCGUUAAUCCAUACGGUGGACACGGCUCACAGUGACAUGGUGCACGACGCUCAGACCGACUACUACGGUACCCGGUUGGCGACGUGUUCGUCGGACAAGUCCGUCAAAGUCUUCGACAUCAAGAACGGGACGCAUAAACUACUGUCCGUGCUGUCGGGGCACGAGGGCCCGGUCUGGCAGGUGGCCUGGGCGCACCCCAUGUUUGGGAGUGUGCUGGCGUCGUGCUCCUACGACCGCAAGGUGGUAGUCUGGGCGGAGACCGACGGCAGGUGGGACAAGUUCUACGAGUACGCCGACCACGACUCCUCGGUGAACUCCAUCUGCUGGGCGCCCCACGAGUUUGGCCUCGUGCUGGCGUGUGGGAGCUCGGACGGGGCUGUGUCCGUGCUGUCCAUGGGUGGCGACGGCGUCUGGGAGGCCAAGAAGAUCAGCAAUGCACACACGAUUGGUUGCAAUGCUGUGAGCUGGGCUCCGGCCAUAGUCUCGGCGGAAGGGGGAGAAUCAGGCAGCUCCUUUCAGGGCAUGACUAAGCAGUUUGCGACCGGAGGCUGUGACAACCUGGUCAAGAUCUGGAGAUACCUGGAGGCGGAGGAGGACUGGGUGGAGGAGCACAAGCUGGAGGCCCACAGCGACUGGGUGCGGGACGUGGCCUGGGCCCCCACGGUGGGUCGGGGUCGCAGCACCAUUGCCAGCUGCUCCCAGGACUGCCGAGUCAUCCUGUGGACCUGCCCCUCGGGUUCCAACGUUUGGAGCCACACCCUGCUCGGGGCCUUCGAUGAUGUCAUCUGGCUCGUCAGCUGGUCUGUCACUGGGAGCAUGCUGGCCGUGUCCGGGGGCGACAACAACGUCACCCUGUGGAAAGAAACUAAGGACGGCUCAUGGGCUUGCAUCAGUGACACCGCACGAGACGACUCGACCGACUUUGCCGAAACUGACGCAACGUGAGCGCAACCGUGGACAGCUCUCAGUGUCCUGAGAUUAUCGGCCUUGUCGAAAAAUCUACCAGACAUCCUGCAACAACAUUGCACUACGUCAUGAGAUUCCCUGCCAUCCACGCCAGCUGGAUAUGCUGAGACUACAAACACCACGAACAAUUUCGUAGCAGUGAUGUGUACGAAGUCUCGCGGGACAAUGUGUGAAGAACGCUCCUCUACGUGAAACGUGAGCUUACAGUACAGAGCGCUGGCGGUGAUGUUAUAGCCCGAAGCAGGGAUGGAUACUAUUACUUGUUAUGAUUUGUGGUUUACAUAGCACAUGUGGAAAGGCUGCACUAAGUUCAGUAGACUGGCUGGCUGUGGCUUGGAACCGGAGUCUGUUGUUGUCACUUUUAUGGACGUCGACUUGUCUGGUGGAUCGGGGAUCGUCUGAACUCCCGAUGUUGAAUUUGUGCGGUGAAACCCUCUUCUAACAGGUUUAUCUGCUACGAACAUUGUGGUGAUUGUGUGGUAUAAUCUGCUGAUAAGAAAACAUGUCCGCUGCCCCGACAGUUACCUAAGUCUUACGAAUUUAUUUACGGUUUUGCUAUCGCUAAUUGUUGAAGUGGUAGUUUUUUUUCUCUGUAGGGCCAUUGCUGUGUGUGGGUUGCACUGCAGUAUGGGUGCAAUAUGAUAGGGAUAAACUCUCCCUAGGUCGGGCCAACUGAGAACUUUAAAAAGAGAGAGGCACUGCUGCAUACAGUACAAAACUUACUUUGCACGAAACGGUGUCUUGUCCAAUCAAGAGUGCCACUGUGGCCAGCACUUAACUUCCAACCUGACCUGUUCAAUCACAGGCGCAUUUGCACGUCCUGAAUUUGUAUUCUAGUAGCAGACAUGUGUGGAGGCUGGCUGUUGUAUUUGACAAAAUGCUAAUCAUAUUUUAUUUUACGGAUAUUCAUUAUCACACCUGUUUUCCAAGGGCAGGGGGCUUAAGAUGCAGCAUUAAUAGGGGAAGAACUAGGUGCAAUGAAGAAGAAAAAAAAAAACUUUGACACACCACUGUACGCUUGUGUCGUGCUAGUCUUCGAAAAGUCUGUGAAUGUGGAUACGGCGUGACAUUCUGACUCUGCCUUAGAGUCAUGAAUUUUGUUCAAUCACGUCCCUUUGAUGCCAAGCUCUACACAAACUCGUAAUCUAGGCCUUGCCAAGGAUUUUUAUAUUUUUAUUGGGUGUCAUUGCCUAUACCUCCUUCUUGUUGGCCAUUUCAGUGGAGAUUUUUGUAGUAUACUUGUGGCUGACAAGUGCCAAUUAUGCUGCAUGUACUCUGGUCCGCUCCUGCUGUUUUUUGCUUGACAUGCAAAUGAGAAAUUGAUGACGAAAUCGAAUUGCCCGUGCCUUUUAUUCUUGCUUGUGUUCACUCGGUGGAAAGCUGUAAACUUAGAUGCAGUAACUUUUUCAUGUCUCACUGAGGCUUCUGAAAUACCACAGUACUUUCUGUACAAUCUGUCAGUCACUGGGUGUACAUUGAGCCACUUUUGGAAGCUUUCGGAAAAGCAAAAGUGGACAACCGGUAUAUGGGGUAGCUCAGCUCUGUGCUUGCAGUUUCUCUGGGGGAACCAGCCUCUUUGCUCCCGAACUCUUUGUAUUUAGCAUGUCUACCUCUCAGAUCUGUUGACAGAUGCAUAUACACAACUGAUGUCAUAUUUCUGUCAUAAAAAUUUGUAGAAAAAUCAGUUGUGUACAUGAAAGCGUCUUUAAGUAGUGGAAAGCUACUUGGAUGGUUCAUUGCUGACGUCCAUGCCACUUUCUAGUUUUUAAAGCUAAGUCAUCGAACAAAUGAAUUUUAUUUCUUAGUCUCAUAAAGGCUGCUCAUUAGCUAUCAUAGAAUUUUUAUGGAACUUAUCACCUUGAUCUUAAAAAUCACCCAUGACUGAAAUGUAACUUGGUCAGGUUCACUGUCAUCCAUACGAGAGUUUGUAAAUAUUCAAAGCUGCCCUCAUUACGAAGCGAAGGGUUUUGAAAAAUGCUCAAGGGGCUAUUUUUGGUCUAUAUCAGCUGUUGUAAAUACUACAGGAUGUAGUAUCAUAUAAAGUGACAAAACUUUAUGCUAGUGGAAUGAAGUGCUGAUGUUUCCCUUUAAAAUAAAUUCACAUGACUGUCUCUCUUCGUUAUGCAUGGGACUGCUCAUGACGUCUACAUUUUGCUUUCAACAUUAUCUUUGCCUAGGAUAAAGGGGUUGCAGAAAUAUUAUGUUUAAAAGCGGUCCGGAGGUUUUUAAUUCCAUUCAGUUUGUGUCCAGAUUAGUGUGGGAAAAGUGUCUCGUACAAAUGCACAAAUGGUGGUGGCGGCAGCAAUGUGUUUGAUGCAUAUAAGUAGGAAAAGGGGAAUUCCAGUCAGGGGCUUGUCUCAAUCUAGGCACAAGUCGUGAAACUGACCAUGAUAUUUUUAAAGAGCUGACCUACGUUUAUUUAGAGUGCAUUUUGUUUAUUUCAUGUGCCGACAUGUGGUGAAUUGCCACACUGCAGGUAGUCACGUGGUUUCUUCUUUACUUUUCGGGCCUUUUUUCCGGAGCAUGUAUGGAAUAUUUCUCCUUAGAGCUGCCAAAGGAGCACAAGUGAAGAGGCAGGAGAUUGCUCUAGGUUCAUGGAAAAGAGUUUUCAGGGUAUUUGAGGGAUUGACUCCUGCUGGUUAUAUGGUGUGCUUUUUGUAUGUUGUAAUAAAUAGUCACUGUGUGGGAUCUUUGAGCUCCAACAAAGAGUCACUUCAAAGUAACCAUGUUUUUAAAAGUGUUCCAAGUGCCAUUCAAAUUUUUUGAAUCUAGUAUGUGUUCAUGCUUUGUAAGUCAUGCAACAUGGUGCUCUGCAUUUCCGUGCAAUAAGAAAUGUCCCAUUAUUUUAAAUAAAUUUCUUAAUAAGUACAAUUUAUACUAUUGAAUGUGUUUGUUUUAUACUCUUAAGCUGGUCGAGUUUUUUUUUUUAUUUUGUAUAAUGUGAGAGCUAGCUGAGGCCAUGUCAAAACACUACACCAUGUCAAAACACUUUUUAAACUUGGAAACAUUUAUUUUUUUGGUUAUUACAGGUUAAAGAGUUUAGCUUUUCCUAUUUCUCUAGAAAAGCUUGAAUUUAUAUAUUUUUUUAAAUAUUUACUGACGGGAAUCGGAUUUGUUAUUCUGAAUGACUAUGGUGUAGAGUGGUUGAUAGUUUGAGGGAUAUUUUAUAAUGGAUGAAUAAACUUUUUCCUUUUAUU